AUGGAAUGGGGCCUAACUGAACUAGAAAUGAGCGCAGUUUUGGAGCUGAUCCAACUCAGCGGCUUCCCUGUCCGGUGGGUCGAUUUCCCGGCGGAAAAGGACGGAUUGCGGGACACGCAAUCGGAAGAAGGAAAUAGCGCCGGGGGAAGCUUAACUGAGCCCGUAAAUAGCGCGUCCGCCGAAGCUUUGCCCCGUAGAGGAAAACGACUCCGGUCGCUAGCCGAUAUUUACAGAAACACUCGUCCUUUGGACAAGAAUCGCGCCAAGAAGAGGGCCAGGAUUUUUUGA